AUGCAACGACCAGAAGAAAAACGAGAAAUAAUAAAUCUCACUGCUCUAGCAGACUGCGAACAAGUUGUUCGUUAUUUGUUUUUCUUUGAAGACGAACACUUUUCUUACAUUGUCUUAGAACUGAUGGAAGGAAAUCUUGACCAGUUCCUUAAUACUGCAAUAAAAAUGGAUAUUAAAGUCUCAAUCUGCCAAGAUAUAGUUCAAGGACUGAAAUUCCUACACGAUCAAGGCAUCGUUCAUCGAGAUCUCAAGCCAACAAACAUCCUUUAUAAAACACAUCCUAAACUAUGCUUGAAAAUUGCCGACUUUGGUCUCAGCCGUCGUAUGGAUAACAUUGGUUCUAGCACCUCGGUGUAUGGUUCUAAUGUUGGUACAAGAUGUUGGAUUGCUCCAGAAGUGCUAACUUCUACAAAAGGUCAUUCUAAGUCAUCUGAUGUGUUUGCCUGUGGUCUCGUUCUUCAUUACAUUUUGUCAAUGAAAACCCAUCCGUUUGCCCCCAGAAUAUGGGCACUACAAUACGAGACUGAAGUCAACAUAUUGAAUGGCAACAUGGAAGGAUGGGACGACUCUCUGUGCCCUGAAGCAGCUCAUCUCCUUAAGGCAAUGUUUGAUGGAGAUAAAAAUAAACGACCAUCUGCAGACAAGGAAUUUGGAUCCCCACGUGCUAAGAGGACUCUUCCUUUGACUGCAGUAGAGACUGACUUGGAGUCUAGCUUUGGUACCAUAGUCAAGUAUGUGGAUUGGAAUGACCCAGGUUAUGUUAACCUGCCUGCCAUUUACACUAAAAUGACAACAAGAAGAACAUACCAAACGAACUCUGUAGUAGAGUUGGUACGUUUCGUACGAAAUGCUUAUGCACAUGUGACUGAAUUACCAAAGUCAAUUCAAGAUCUGUUGCUGAAAAAGUUUGUGUUCUUUGAAUAUUUUCCAAAUCUUGUGAUGGAAGUUUACAAGGCUGUAACCACUCAUGGAUGGGAUCAGACGAGAGAAGAGAUUAAGCAAGAUCACAGAAUGAACUACCACAAGAACCGAACGAAAAAGUGA